AUGAGCAGAACCGAGGCCGAUCUGGCGGUUAAUAUUCGCAAGGCGACGAGUAUUGAGGAAACCGCGCCGAAGAGAAAACAUGUGCGAAGCUGUAUUGUGUAUACAUGGGACCAUAAAUCAUCAGCCGCUUUUUGGGCGGGUAUGAAAGUGUACGCCUACACUCACCCCCUGAUGCGAAUGCUUGUCAAAGUGAAGGCUAAUGAAUGCAGACAACCGAUCCUUGCAGACGAAGUGCAGACUUUCAAAGCCCUAAUUACGAUACACAAAGUCCUCCAGGAGGGUCAUCCGAUUGCGAUUCGCGAGGCACAGACGCAUGUCAAUUGGCUGGAUAGUUUGAUGAGAGGUGUGGCUGGGGAGGGAUUGCGAGGAUACGGCCCGCUGAUUCAUGACUAUGUCAUGUUCCUAGAGUCGAAGCUCCACUUCCAUCGCAAUCACCCCGAGUUUAACGGUCUUUUCGAAUAUGAGGAAUAUAUCAGUUUGAAGACGAUCAAUGACCCGAAUGAGGGUUACGAGGCUAUUAUGGAUCUUAUGAACCUCCAGGAUCAAAUUGACUCGUUUCAGAAAUUGAUUUUCUCGCAUUUCCAGAAUGGAACGAACAAUGAAUGUAGGAUAUCGGCCUUGGUGCCUCUGGUUCAGGAGAGUUAUGGAAUCUAUAAGUUCAUUACCAGCAUGCUGCGAGCAAUGCACACGACAACCGGUGAUGACGAGGCUCUCGAGCCGCUCCGGAGUCGUUAUGAUGCCCAACACCAUCGCCUUGUCCGAUUCUACUACGAGUGCUCAAACCUGCGCUAUCUUACAAGUUUGAUCACCGUACCAAAGCUCCCGCAGGAUCCUCCCAGCCUUUUGUCCGAAGAAGACGAACGACCGGCACUCCCAAAGCGGCCAACCAACGAGGUUGAGCGCGAAUUUUCACCMCCGCCUAAGCCCGCCGCUCCGGAGCCGGAACCCAUAAACGACUUUUGGAACAAUGAGGCUCGACGCCAGCAAGAGGAGUUUGAGGCGGAGCAGCGACGGUUGCAGCAGCAAUGGGAAGACCAGCAACGCCAACAGAUGCAGGCUCAACAGCAGGCGCAGCGCGACUUUGAGGAACAGCAGAGACUUCAAGCGGAGCAGCAACGACUCGCUCAAGAGGCGCUUCUUCGUGACCAGUAUGCGCAGCACACUCAGGGUCGAAUGGCGGAGUUGGAGCAGGAGAAUCUCAAUGCCCGUGCACAAUACGAGCGGGACCAACUCCUGCUUCAGCAGUAUGAUAAGCGAAUGAAAGAUCUCGAGGAGCAGCUGAACAACCUCAACAACAACUUCAAUCUCCAGGUCAAUUCCAAGGACGACCAGAUCAAAGCACUCCAGGAACAGGUCAACACGUGGCGUUCGAAGUACGAGGCUUUGGCCAAGCUGUACUCGCAGCUGCGACAAGAACAUCUUGACCUGCUACAGACCACCAAAGCUCUGAAACUCAAGGCUGCAUCUGCCCAGGAGGCCAUCGACAAGCGUGAGAAACUCGAGCGUGAAAUGAAGACCAAGAAUCUGGAGCUUGCGGACAUGAUCCGCGAACGGGACCGUGCCUUGCAUGAGCGUGACCGUACAACCGGCACCAACAAGGAAGAACUAGAAAAGUUGAAGCGUGAGCUGCGGCUUGCUAUUGAGCGUGCAGAGAACGCAGAGAGACAAAAGGGAUCGGAAAUUUCGUCCAUGUUGUCCAAGUACAAUCGUGAGAUGGCGGAUCUCGAGGAGGCAUUACGCAACAAAACGCGUGCUUUGGAAGAAUAUACCUCCAAGCGCGGCGAGCUUAGUGAAGAUCACGAACUUGCUCUGCGUGAGAAGGAUGAGGAAAUUGAAGUGUACAAGUCUGGCAUGGAGCAGGCUUUGAUGGAACUUGAGGAGUUGAGAUUGAGCCAAGGAGACGUGGAUCACGCGCUCGACUCUCAAAUCGACGAAGUCCUUCACGGAACAGUGGCCAAGAUCAACGACAUUAUCGACUCGGUGCUGCAAAGCGGUGUCCAGCGUGUAGACGAUGCCUUGUACGAAUUAGAGUCUUCGAUGCAAGCCGGUAACCAGAGCGCUUCUCCUGCCUACGUGCUGUCACAGGUCGAAAAAGCUUCUGCCUCUGCUACGGAAUUCUCUACUGCUUUCAACAACUUUAUCGCCGAUGGACCGAACAGUUCGCACGCGGAGAUCAUUCGCACAGUUUCUGUAUUCUCUGGCUCGAUUGCCGACGUACUGAGCAACACUAAGGGUCUAACACGUUUCGCAACUGAUGAUAAGAAUUCUGAUCAGCUAGUCAACGCUGCCCGCAAGCCUGCCCAGGCCACCAUUCGAUUCCUCCGUGGCCUGCAAUCAUUCCGUCUCGAAGGCCUUGAGCCCUUACAAAAGACCGACGUCGUCAUUAACAACAACCUCGAAGUCCAGCGCGACCUCCAGACCCUCUCCAAGUUUGUCGACACCUUCGCCCCCAAGGGCAGUAAGCUCAGCACCUCCGGCGACCUGGGCGAUCUCGUCGACCAGGAACUCGAAAAAGCCGCCAACGCCAUCGACGCUGCUGUCGAACGCCUCGCCCGUCUCCGCAAGAAGCCUCGCGAUGGGUACACCACCUACGAACUCCGCGUCAACGAUACCAUCCUGGAAGCCGCGCUGGCCAUCACCAACGCCAUCGCCGAACUCAUUAAAGCCGCCACCGAAUCCCAGCAAGAAAUCGUCCGCGAAGGCCGCGGCUCCUCGUCACGAACAGCAUUCUACAAAAAGAACAACCGCUGGACCGAAGGCCUAAUUUCAGCCGCCAAAGCAGUCGCCACAUCCACAAACCGUUUGAUCGAGACCGCCGAUGGCGUUAUUUCAGGCCGCAACUCCCCCGAACAACUCAUCGUGGCCAGUAAUGACGUAGCAGCCAGCACGGCCCAAUUGGUGGCCGCAUCACGCGUCAAAGCGACAUUCAUGAGCAAGACACAGGAACGCCUCGAGACAGCCAGCAAAGCCGUCGGGGCCGCCUGCAGGAGUCUCGUGCGCCAGGUCCAAGCCAUCAUUGCAGAGAAGAACAAGGACGAAGGCGAGUCCGUCGAUUACGCUAAAUUGAGUGGCCACGAAUUCAAAGUCCGCGAGAUGGAGCAGCAGGUCGAAAUCCUUCAACUCGAAAACGCGCUUUCGCGCGCAAGAACGAGACUGGGAGAAAUGCGCAAGAUUUCGUACCAGGAGGACUAA